GUCAAGGUCCCCCUUUGAUAUGAGGGCCCCUUCUUCUCUUCCUCUUCCCUCCAUCUUACCGAAAUUUCCAUACAGCGCACAAGCUCACACUCCUUUACACACGCCACUCCUUUCUUAGAACUGGCAUCCAUCUACUCGAAUUUGGCCUGCUUUGGCCAGUUUCCUUGAAGUUUAUCGCCAAAAAAGAUACAAAAAUCUCUCGACGGGUUGCGUUGGACCAUCUUCAUUGGAUUUGGACUUCUGGAAGAUAACAUACAACACUCGACUGAAUCAAAGGAACGACUGAACACGGAAGAAUUCAAGGGACAGAAAAACAGGUUGACAGGGACAAUGUUUACGCCACCACCAUCGCCGUUACCUUCUCCGGAGAAGGAGAGGGAUCCUAUGGACGCUGCAGGUGCCGCACUACUAGGUGCUAAAUCAGAGCAGUCGGAGAAGGGAGAUGGAGAGUCGGAACGCUCGUCGCAAGCAUUAAGGACGCUUGAAUGGGAGCAAUCCCGGGCAGUGAAAAGGCGUAAAGCCCGUUUCCGAACGAUAACUGCUACUGUUCUCGUCCCAUUCAUCACGCUGGUUCUCGUUUUCUCCAAGAUGAGAUCAUUACACUGGUCGACAUCAUCCGACACGAAUGCCUUAGACGACAACAACGACAGAGACUCCAUAUUACGCCCUCAUCUAGACCCGAUCUACCACCUUAAUCCACACGUUCCCAAUUCCCCCUUGAACCAUAUACCUCGUCGAGGCCAUGGGCUUUGGGAAAGGGAUAAUUCAGACGUUACCACCGCUUCUUCAGUUACUCUUACGGGUACCGCUUUGCAAACGGGAAGUGCUAGCAAGACGACAUCCGAUGGCGCGUCUGAGACCGUAUCCGCACCUCAAGUGAUACCUACUGUGCCAAGCACGCCACCACCUCUUCCGACACCUUUCCCGCAACCCUUCGAUUCGGACUUGGGGCAAAAUUUCUCUACUCAGAGCUGUUACGAUUUCCUUCUCAACAUGACGAACACGCAGCCGUUUCGGAGUUGCAGGCCUUUUGGGAUGUUGGUUGCUGGGAGUGAGGGAUUUGCGGAUGCCUCGACUUCACUCACAACCCUCAACUCGGUUGUGUGGGGGACAUGUAACACGAAUAUUCCCUACGCAGAAUGUAUUGACAAUGUCAAUGGGUUCUCUGAAGGUUUACAAAGCUCCUGUGCGAAGGAACUGGCGGAAAGAAAUACGAGGGUGAUGAAUGUUCUGGGAGCUCUCCAAUCCUACCCACUUUACCACCACCUUGGAUGUCUUACCGAUCCAGUCUCAAACAUCUAUUGCUACGUUAGCGCUGUGCACAAUAAUAAUCCGUCAGACGUUUAUCUGUAUGGUGCUGGAUUGGGCUCGCAGUUCCCGAGUGCGGGAAAGGCAACUCCGAGUUGUAGUGCGUGUAGCAGACAGAUUUUGGCUAUUUAUGCCGGGGCGGCUGCGAAUGGAACUGGGAUCGAUAAAGCUCUCCUCGGCGAAACGGCCCUCACCGAACUUCAAAGCGCUUUCCCCGCUGCAGCCAAAAUAUGGGCAGACACGUGCGGAAGCAGCUUCGCUCAGGCUACUGUCGCAGCUUCCAAUACUGGUGUAGGGAAUCGAGCGCUGAUAUCGCAGUUUUCGGUUUCUGCGUUUGUUGGUCUGGCGGUGAUUUGGAUUGUGGGUGCUUGAUAGGACUUCCGACCCGUUGGGCUUUCUUUUUUCUUUUUGGGUUAACCUUGAUUGUAUUUUUAUGCCACCCAUUUCACUCUUUACCUACAUACGCGAUAGCUUUAACUCUUUUUUUGGUCCACGAACUCUUCACGCUGUCUUUUUCUUGACAAUCCUAUUUACUACUGUUCAGUCUUUCGCAUGGUUGCAUGUUUUUUGUUUCGCCCCCCUAACGUACUUUAUCUUAACUUAUUCUCUCUCCCCCUUUCUUCCCUUUUUGUCGUUCGAAGCGUUCGCUGUUCGUAUGCAAGCUGUUUUGUGGCCGGUUAUAGAGACUGUUACAUGCAAGGAGGGUUUUCUGUGGUGGGAAGAAAUUGCCUGAAAUUUCUGGCAUCACAUGCUGUUCAAUCUGAGAAUUCGUCGUGUCGC